AUGAGAUACCUGGCGGCUAUUUUGAUUAUUACACAUUUGACUCUUGUUGAUGGACAAGAAUGUCAUGCACGAUUCAAUCAAUCUAUCGCUGGCUAUUGUUCUCCUGUCGACAAAUGCCAAGGAACAGUAAUAGCUACUGAAAUAUGUGGGCAACAACAUUGUUGUGUCUCUGGACAAGCGCCAGCAGCUUCACCAGUCUGUAUUACUGGAGGUGAAUUCAAUGCCUUAUACAGUACACCUCGUGCUGCUUUUUUGCGCAGAAUUUUAAAUUACGCAAUCAAUCAAGCUGGAAUUUGCUCGAAUUGUCAUGCAAAAGCUGCCUUUCUUGCUAUAUCAGCUACAAUGACAAAUGACUUUACAAGUGAUGAAGCGACUGGUACUGAUAACCAAUUCGCUGAUGAUGACGAUAAGUAUGGAAAUGAUCGAUUGGGUGAUGGAUCACGCUUUCGUCGACGAGGCUUCUUUGGUCUUCGAGGACGAGAAAUGUACCAACGACUGCAGAAAUCGAUACCACAGUAUCAGAGUCUAAGCCAGCCAGAGUCAGUGGCAAUAGUUGAAAAUGGAAUGGUAAUUGCUGCACGACAAUGGAAUAAUCCUAAUUUGCUAAAUGGUGAGUAUUAGUUUCAUGUCUGUGUUCUUUAUUUUGAAAGGUACAAACUAGAUGGAGAUGUGACUCAAUUAGCCGAUGCAGUUAAACAAUAUCUGAAAUUCCUUCGUGCAAUGAAAUGUGGUGAUUAUCUGCAUCCUGGUGAAGGAUCAAUAUGUCAAUAUAAUGCCACACAUAAAGGUUUCUGUACACCUGAUUGCAUAAAAGAUCUUGAAAAUCUCGGAGAAUAUUGCGGCUGUUUUGGUGAGAAGGGACCACAGUGUCCUAAUAGUCCAGCGCAUAUUCGAUGCUGUUUGGAUAGUUGUUAA